CUGAGGCUCCUAUAGAAUAACUUUGACCAAAAAGAGUUGUGCUAACUGAAUAUCCAUAUAUCUAAUAUUAUUAACUUAGUGUGAGUAAAUUCUUGCAAUUACGGUAAAUAAGUGAUAUCUCUGAGCUAUGUAAUUUAUGUAUCUAAUCACGUUAUUACCUAUUCUCCGAUCAACUAAAAAUUUUCAAUUGGUUUUGGGGUAAAAUUCGGCUUCUCUUCAACAUGGGGAAUCAAGAGCUAUCUUCGGAGAUAUUGGAAUUUUAUCGCUCAGGUCAAUCCUAAGCUUUAGCACUGCGGAAUUUGAGGAUAGAGGAACAUAUUUGUAUUGAAUGACAGAUUCUUUUGUGUGACACUGAAGAGCUCGCUUUAAUUGGGUAAUUCAAACUGGCGCCGAUUUUAAGAGUCAAACAUAUCAGCAACAAGAAUAUCCAUCUCCUGAAAGACUUCGUCAGUGUUUGUUCGUCAAGUCUCGAAAUUUGUAUGAUUAAACCCACUAAAACAAAAAUUUCCCUAAUUUUUGUAGCACCCUGUAUAUUUGCUAGCAUUUUUUUAACACAAAUAAGCCUGAGAAUCCAUAAUCCAUUUAAUUUUUUACUAUUUGAAGCACUCUGUAAAUUUUCUAACAUUAUUUGAUUACUAAUAGGCAUGAGGACCCAUAAUCCAUUUAAUUUAAACAAUUGACCCUGAAAAACAUUUUCACAGUGCAACCAACUUUUCGAAUCGACGCUUCCCACGAGAAGCAUAUAGAAGAACAAGAAAACAAUCUAGCUCAGCGCAACUUGUAAGUAGUAAAGCUGAAAGCUUAAUCACCACAAAGCUAGUUGAACGCUAGAACGGAACUAGUUAAUACUGAAAGCACGAACAUAAGUGAGCCGACGAGCAUUUAGUGGAUAUAUAUGUUUGUAAGUGUGUAAGAAAUGAAUGUGGGGCUCUACAUGCCCCAGCUAUUAUGCUAUGGCAGCGAAAUUCAACUUCAAAAUAAAUUAAAUCGGAUGGCUGAUCUAAUCACGAGCAUCGUAAAAUUUCGCAUGGAAAUCUCCAGCGACCUGCAACGGCAUAUAACUUUGUUUUUUCCUCUUUGUCGGAAACCGGCGCAAACAGCAAAUGGCGACGUUGAAUAUAAAUAAGCCUUUAGCUUAGUUUUUCCGAAUCAGUGUGAGUGCAGCAGCGAAUGUGAUUUGUAUUGCGUAAUAGUGAGCGGAAAAAUAUCGUAGAAGCUGCGAUUCAAAGCAACUUGCGAAAAUACAUUUUAUGAAAAUUAUAGUUUUCCAACCAUGAAGUUCGCCAUAGCAUUCUUAUUGCUGGCCGGUAUGCUAGCCAUAGGCGUCAACGCCGGCAACGAACCGGUUUGCUCAUAUCGAAAUACUCAGGGUGAAACGAUAUUCCUGAAAUAUUUGCCGCUACUCAAACAAGGUCAGGACUAUGUGGACUUCGGUGUGGAUGGCAAGUGUGUGAAGCGCGCAGUUUGUUCAGAGAAUUUCAAAACCGAAGUGGAAGAUUGCGGCAAGUAUCGCGUCACGUGCGGCAACAAAAAGACCUUCAAUGGCGUCUUUCCCGGCUGCUGUGUUAAAUGUUAAUUGAAAAAUAAACAAUGAAAACCACAAAGAAGAAAAAAUUAUUUUGAAAUAAAAUAAAUUAUAAAAUGCCAUAAAGUCAAACGUAUUCACCCAGAGCUUGUGCCAUAAAAAUACUUUUUUAAUGAAUUUACUCAAAAACUAUACAAACGUUAUGUUUUAAUAAGAAGCUAUUUACAAUAUUAAAAUAUAAUUAUUACUAAUUUCAUAUAUCAUAUUAAUAUGUUAAAAUGUUGCACAAAAGAAAUAAAAAGCAUGAAUGUUUCACA